CCCAAGGCCGAGAAGGUCGUGAAGUUGAGCAUACUUAAGUAUCCCAACGACCAAGAGGGAGUCGACGAUCGACCGAUAGUAUUCCACCAAGGGCCGACAGGUUUCCACACGCUUUGGAAGCGUGUUUGAUCGAGGCAGCAGAUAUCACCAUCAUCCGGUUGCUGUGCACCACUCGUCGCAACCUCAGCCUCCGAUCAAAGAAAGCCGAUAGGGGUAUCCCCCCACGUGUCUUCACACCUUGCCGGAGCUUUCCUUGAAUUUAUCGCGCCGCCAUGCCAACACAAGGGGCCACGGGCAACCACGGCGGUAAAGGUUUGGUGUCCGAAGCAGAACGGAAUGGGUUCGUCGCGGCGGUCCUCGCUGGAGAACUCGAACCCGAUUCUCAUGUGAUCGCGUAUCACUUUUCAGGAUGGCUGGACAAAGCAGCAGCAGCAGCCUCAGCCUCAGCAGCCUCAGCAGCCUCAGCAUCAUCAUCAUCAGCAGCAGCAGCAGCAGCAUCAAGGGCAGCAUCAAAGGCAGCAGCAGCACUAGAUGACGCAAUGGCGAGCGCCAACAAGAGGUACGCCAGAACGGUUGAAGCUAUUCAGGCCCAAAGAGCGUCCUUUGCUCCGACGGUUAUUCCUCCUUCGACAUUGGUUGUUGACGAAGAUGAUGGCCUGCCCGAAGCAGAAUCAACACCAGCACCGACCCCAGGCGCAGAGGAAUCUGAGAAAGAAGAGAUGGCUGCCGCUGCCAGCGACGACGUCGGAAGCACUACUGAGAACGUGAAACUGGAGAGCGUCGCCGCGUUCAUCGCAAGCUACGCAGGUGCCUAA